AUGAACGAGGAUCUGGAGCACCGGCCAGCGAAAAGGCAACGCUUCUUCGUUGACAGCUCCCUUUCCUCGCCAGAUUCCACUGCGGGGAUCGGAGACGCGUCUUUGCCUCGCCAUUUCCCUAGCCUGGACGAGCAGGCUGGCCAGACCAACCUUCCAGAGACCCCUUCCAAGGGUGGUACAGCGGCCUGUGGACUAACAAGCCCUAUCAAUGGGCUAUCAUCCACAGAAACUCCUAGGCAUGACACAGCAGGGGAUCCAUCAACGACGACAUCCCCGCUGCACAGCAGGCCAGCCCCCAGCGAAGCAAGCGCGCCUCCACCGACACAGUCCUCAUCAUCGAACGGUUUCGAUGCAGAUCUAUUCUUCAGCAUCAUUGGAGAAACCUUGCCUAUUGAAUCGUUGAAGAUCAUCCAAUCCGCCUCGUCAAACAACGUGGAGCGAGCGGUCAACAUAUUCUUCGAUGGAUCGUGGAAGAAGCCUGCCAAGGCGAGCAUUAGUAGGGGCACUACGACAAUACGGCAAGCUCUUCCAGUAUUAUCUACUCCGAGUACAACAUUGACGGCCAUUCCAACUGCCAAUACCCCGGAUACCUCAAACGAGCAUGCCUCCGUCUUGCAAAGGCAACCGGCCGCGCGAUAUAUAGGAGCCUUUGGUGUAGGAGGCUGGGCCACGAGGAGUGGACUGGCGCUUCUCAAACAUGGAGAUCCGGUCAAUAUUGAACGUGCCCGGUCGCAGCCCGUUGCAAAACGUGGCCGUGGAGGCAAGCUUUUCACAAACAAUAAGGGGGAUGUUCUGACCCGUUUCACGAAUUCUGCCGGGCAGGAGAUUGGAAGACUUCCCCAUGAGACGGCCGAAUGGGUUUCAACUCUGAUUGAUCAAAAGCUGUGUCAGUUUGAGGGAGUUUGUGUCUUUAUCCCGGACAGAGUACGAGUGAACGAUACGAUCUACAUACAGUUGAAAUGUUAUCUGCGCCGGGAAGCAUUUCAGCGUGGUCCUUUUAUGGGAACUGUUGAUGACAAUCGAUCCAUGGGCCUAUUUGAAGAGAAGGAGAGCACAGAAGAAAAGAACCUGCGUCUUCGACAAGUAGCUCUCGUGAAACUAUUCCAUGAAAUCAAUCUCCAUCCAACCUCCACCAAUCCCACGACGGAAAAGCACAAACGAGAUGGCUUACUCCGCGCGGCUGAAAUGGCAGAGAAAUACGACGGAGUCAAGAAGGAGAAAGAGAAAUCAAAAUCCAACAAAGAUCCCAAUGACUCGUCCUCAGAAGACGAUACCGCCGAAUUAGAAGAAGACCAGCUUGAUACCUUGUAUCGCAAGGCCCAAUCCUUCGACUUCAGCAUGCCAGAGGCUGAGCCUGCUGCGACCUUUAAAAUGAAUCUCCGCAAGUAUCAAAAGCAGGCUCUAUUCUGGAUGUUGUCGAAGGAAAAGGACAAGAAAGAAGCUCGUGAGAGGUCCAUGCAUCCUUUGUGGGAGGCGUACACUUGGCCCACCAAGGAUGUUGAUGACAAAGACCUACCCUCUGUCGAAGGCAUAGACCACUUUUAUGUCAAUCCUUACUCGGGCGACCUGAGUGUUGAUUUCCCUGCCCAAGAGCAACACUGCCUUGGCGGUGUUCUCGCUGACGAGAUGGGCCUUGGAAAGACCAUCGAAAUGCUUAGUCUUGUCCACUCCCACAAAUCCGAGCCUCCAUCUGGGGCUUCAGACGGUAUGAACUCUGUAAACGACCUUGCGCGGGUUCCUACCUCAUCCACUGGUGUGGUCCCCGCGCCCUAUACCACGCUUGUUGUUGCGCCAACGUCACUACUGUCUCAAUGGGAGAGCGAAGCGUUGAAAGCCUCCGAGCGUGGUUCUAUGAGAACUCUCCUCUACUACGGCGCUGACAAAAAUGUCAAUCUACGUGAUCUCUGCUGCGAGGCCAAUUAUGCAGCCGCGCCCCAUGUCAUUGUCACCAGCUACGGUGUUGUACUCUCAGAAUUCCGCCAAUUUGCAGCGCAAUCUUCGCUCGCCCCCACUGCCCAUGGUGGCCUCUUCUCCGUUGAAUUCUUCCGUGUCAUUCUAGAUGAAGCCCAUAUGAUCAAAAACCGCCGCUCGAAGUCUGCCAGAGCAUGUUACGAAAUUCAGGCAAUUCAUCGAUGGGUUCUCACGGGUACGCCAAUUGUCAACCGUCUGGAGGACCUCUUCAGUCUAGUGCGAUUCCUGAAGGUGGAACCGUGGAGCAACUUCUCCUUCUGGAAAACGUUCAUCACCGUGCCGUUCGAGAACAAGGAAUUCGUCCGCGCCCUCAAUGUAGUCCAAAGUGUCUUGGAGCCUCUUGUGCUUCGUCGAACGAAAACAAUGAAGACACCGGAAGGCGAACCUCUGGUCCCCUUGCCAAAACGUACCGUCACCAUCGAGGAGGUUGAGCUCUCGGAACAAGAACGGGAAAUUUACGACUGCAUUUACACUCGUGCCAAGAGAACGUAUAACGACAAUGUCGAAGCGGGCACCCUCCUUAAGUCAUACACUACCAUCUUUGCUCAGCUACUUCGCCUCCGCCAGACCUGCUGUCAUCCUAUCCUCACCCGUAACAAGGACAUCGUUGCCGAUGAAGAAAAUGCUGCUGCAGUUCUCGAUGCUACCAAUAAUCUGAAGGAUGACAUGGACCUGCAAGAGCUGAUCAACCAGUUCACGGCAUCGACAGAGAAUGCAGAAACCGAAGAUCGGUCUGUCAAGUUUACAGCGCACGCUCUCCGGCAGAUUCAAACCGAGUCUAGUGGAGAAUGUCCAAUUUGUUGCGAGGAGCCGAUGAUCGACCCCGCGGUGACGGCCUGCUGGCACAGCGCAUGCAAGAAAUGCCUCGAUGAUUUUGUACGGCAUCAAAUGAACAAAGGCGUACAGGCUCGCUGCUUCUCGUGCCGUGCAGAUGUCGAUGCCCGAGAUAUCUUCGAAGUCGUAAAGCACCCGCUCUCCCAUUUCGCCACGCCCAUGGAGGAUUCUGCUGGUAGCGACACUCCACCAUCAGCCUCCCAGCAUGCCCCUCGCAUCUCUCUUCGCCGUAUCAACCCCCUCUCUCCCUCGGCGCACACCUCAGCAAAGAUCCACGCCUUAAUCAACGGUCUCUCCAAAGUUCCACCAGGCACCAAAUCAGUCGUAUUCUCGCAGUUCACCUCAUUCCUGGAUCUCAUCGGUCCCCAGCUUUCCAAAGUGGGUAUCACCCAUCUCCGCCUCGACGGGUCCAUGCCGCAGAAAGCUCGCGCUGCAGUCCUGGCUCAAUUCACUAAGAUGGAGGAGUACACGGACGAGAUCAUCGACACUGAGGACGAAACGCCAUCACGUACUGGCCCUUCAGCUUCGAAAUCGAGCAAUUCCGAGCCUACGCCGAGAGUGCUGCUUAUCUCGCUUCGUGCCGGUGGUGUCGGUCUCAAUCUCACCGUCGCCAGUAACGUCUUUGUCAUGGAUCCGUGGUGGAGCUUUGCCAUCGAGGCACAGGCCAUUGACCGCGUCCACCGAAUGGGUCAGCUGCGUGAUGUGUCUGUGACACGGUUCAUCGUUAAGGAUUCGAUUGAAGGCCGGAUGCUCCGUGUGCAGGAGCGGAAGAUGAACAUCGCUGGUUCACUUGGCCUGCGCGUGGGUGGUGACGAAGGGGAAGACGAUAAGAAGAAGGAUCGCAUUGAGGAGUUGAGACUGCUGUUCGAGUAA